GUUCCACAUCUUCGAGAGUCUGGACGGAAAAGAAUAGACCCAUGUGUAAAAUAAAGCUCUCAAAACGGGGAGAGAGAAGAAAAAAAAACUAUAAAGAAUAUUCAAGCAAAAACGGAAGUAAGCUUGAUGUCACACUCUCGCUCUCGCCUGCGGCUCUUCGGCUCUUCGGCUCUUCGGCUAACCAAUAGUAGACAAGCUAGUAGUGGAGGGAGGCGGCGUGAAUUCUCCCACAGGACGGGACUUUGGACGUCGAAUCGGCAGUUUGGAGCUGGAGCCGGAGCUGCUCCCCGUCGACUCGCCGACAUGACAGCGGAGGCUUCCAGAGUGUUAAACUUGUGUCUGCGUCACUCGUCUCUGCUCCGAAGAUGCUCCCGUCCUGGCUCGUCGCUCCACGCAACCAGAUUCUUCAGUUCACACAGGGACGGUAAGCGCAGAGGGCUGCUGUGGAAGUCACUUGUCGGGGUCUCCGUCGGCGUCCCCGUGGCGGUUGGGGUCCAGUACGCUCUGUCGGAGCCCAGAGAGAGGAGGAAGAUGAGGAUUGUGCUUGAAGGAUUUGGUCGCUUCUGCAGAUCCCUCUCUGUGGGAAUGCUCAUCUCCGUGGAUUACUGGUGGACCACCAACGUAGCGCUCCGCGGCCUGGAUGAGAGCAGCCCAUCCUACGUGGCCGAGAUGUCCGCCUGCCACCAGAGGGCAGCCGACUGCAUGGUGGAGGGUGCCGUCCGGAACGGGGGCAUCUACGUCAAACUCGGCCAAGGCCUGUGCUCCUUCAACCACCUGCUCCCGCCCGAGUACGUCCGCACCCUGCAAGUGCUGGAGGACAAGGCGCUGGACAGGAGAUACAGGGAGGUCGACGCUCUCUUCAAAGAGGACUUCAACAAAACGCCGGAGCAGCUCUUUAAAACAUUCGACCCAGAACCCAUAGCUGCGGCCAGCCUGGCACAGGUUCAUAAAGCAGAGCUCUUCGACGGGACUCCUGUCGCGGUGAAGGUGCAAUACAUUGACCUCAGGGAUCGAUUCGACGGCGACAUCCGAGCGCUGGAGAUUCUGCUGGACGUCGUGCAGUUCAUGCACCCCACCUUCGGGUUCCGCUGGGUCCUCAAGGACCUGAAGGGCACGCUGGCCCAAGAGCUGGACUUCGAGAACGAGGCCAGGAACUCCGAGAGGUGCGCGCAGGAGCUGAAACACUUCCAGUUCGUCGUUGUGCCCAAAGUCUUCUGGGAGCAAACGAGUAAGAGGGUGCUGACUGCAGAGUUCUGCCACGGUUGCAAAAUCAACAAUGUGGAGGACAUCAAGAGACGAGGGUUGAGUCUAAAAGAUACCGCAGAUAAACUGAUCAGAACGUUCGCUGAGCAAAUAUUCUACACGGGCUUCAUCCACGCUGAUCCUCACCCUGGAAAUGUUCUAGUGAGACGAGGGCCAGACAACAAGGCAGAGUUGGUGCUGUUGGACCACGGGUUGUACGAAUACCUCAGUCAGCGCGACAGAGUGGCCCUCUGUAAACUGUGGAGAUCCAUCGUCCUGCGCGAUGAGGCGGCAAUGAAGGAGAACUCCAACGCACUUGGCGUCAAAGAGUACUUACUGUUCUGCGAGAUACUGCUGCAGCGGCCCAUCGACAUGCGGGAGUUGGGCCUGUCCAACAUCCUGAGCCGCGAGGAGACCACGUACAUGCGCGACAUGGCCGUCCACCGCUUCGGGAGCAUCAUGCAGGUGCUGAAGUCGAUGCCGCGGCCCAUGCUGCUUGUCUUCCGCAACAUCAACACAGUGCGGAGCAUCAACAUCGCCCUGGGGGCGCCGGUGGACCGCUACUGCGUCAUGGCUAAGAGUGCGGUUCGAGGCUGGGGGAAGAUCCAGGCAGAGACGGCCGGGGUGCUGCCCCGGCUCUGGGUGUUCCGCUGGGUGAGGACAACGUGGGAGAGCCUCCGGUUCGAGUUGGCGUUGAGAUCGGAGAUGGCCGUGAUGAAUCUGACACGAUCGUUCCUCAGCCUGCUGUCGUACUUAGGCCUCAUCUCUCUGGAGGCCGAGCUGUACGAGUACCUGAGGUAGAGCGCAUGGCCCCGGAGCCAACGGGCUUAAUGCAAUCCAACAACAAGGAGCCUGCCGUGGCAGCUGCGAGCGCUGCUCCAGUGUUUUUUUCGCACCAAAUCACAUCCGACCGGAGCCACUGUCUCCACAAUGGGCGGGAGCGUAUUGAACCUCAGGACUGUGACGCAUCGAACUCUGGAGGAAAAAAAAACUUUUUAAUGGUUUUAAAGUAAAUGAAAGAAAUCAAAAAUAAUUUUUAGUAUUUACAUCAUUCGGUAUGUUUUAGUGUGAUCUAAGUAGAUCCCUUUUUUUUUUUAAACCUCAAAUUUGCUAUAUUCAAAAAUUUCAUGUACCUAUUUAUUCUCCCAAAGUUAUUGUGCAGCAGCUGCAUCAUCGUCGCAUCUCAGCAACACGUCAAACACUUAUAACUGUACCUCGGCUAUUGAACAGGCAGAACACGCCAGCUUUUGGAGAGAGACGCCUUAAUUUACGACGGAAGAAAUCUUCAUGUUUAAACAUUGAAAUGAAAUGAUAACCACCCGCUGUGAGGCCGGUGUUGUUUCCAUCUUGCGAGUCUGGUUUUAUACGUUUGUCUGUUUUUUUGUGACGCGACAUCGUCACAGCCGUGCAACACACUGAUGCAACUUUUGUAGUUGAGAUCAAAAUGAAGGGCCAAAAGCUGGAAGGUGGGUGUGGUCACACUCGUGAGUACUUAUUGGUCAAGACGUCAACAUGUGACCUCAUCACACAACAGUCUUAUUAAAAUCUUCUACCUCC